CUCCUUGAAAAGGUCGGCCGUUUCCUAGGGUGACCUGCCAAGAACCACAGUCGUUCGCGUGAACCAAACACCUGCGGACCAGAGCAGCGCAGUAGGGCCAGCAGUCAUGAAGUCCGUACUCUUCUGUUUACUUGGGAUUGCGCUGGUGGGAACGGCCGUGGCGCAGGUUGUGAGUUUGGGCAAAGGAUGCAGUGACGCGGACGCCGAGAAAUGCAACUUGGAGUUCCUCACGUUCGGCUUCAGUUCCAAGCUGCCAGACACCGCUUCAAAGCUCGCUGAUUACUGCAAGAAGCGGACGAAGGCGCUGCAGUGCGCGUUGAACUUCACCGACAAGUGCCUGCUUGGCUUGUACCGAGGCACUGCCUUCACCGCCAUCAACACCAUGCGCGAGGAGAACGAGCGCAGGUGUAACAGCACACACGAAGAGCACGCAGCUUUCCUUCAGCAUUCCAAGUGCCUGAACAAGGCCGGCGACUCCAUCCACAAGUGCAUCGUGAACUUCAAGAAGGAGUUCUACACCACUGCUAUCAAGGCCGAGAGGAAGAACCGCAUCCGCUACGGAUGCUGCGACUACACCAAGAUGUUCCACUGCCGCGAGAAGAACCUGCGCGACAAGUGCGGUGACGCGCAGGCCAUCCUGUUCGCCCGCAACGCCGGAGAGCACAUCCUGGGCAACGCACUGAAGAUCUUCUGCGGCGGCUUCACCACCGAGUCCAAGUACUGCAAGGCGCUUCCCAAGCUUCCCAGGCUGCCCGCCAACACCAAGAUCCCCAAGAGCGUCCUGGUGCUGCUCAAGACCUUCGCCACGCUAUAACUGCCUCUAGACGAAGCCACGUGU